AUGGCCACGGGCGGAAUCGCAAAGACAUUCGUCCUUGACCUUCUCAAAGACCCCGCAACUCGCGAUGCCUCCGACGUUGCCCACCAAGUUGCCGCUGUCGCCUCGUCCUCAUCCAAAGAUAGGGCAAACCAAUUCAUCCAAAAUGUCGGGAUCCCAGCGCCCUGUGCCGCAUACGCCUCUUAUGAGGAGCUUGUUGCCGACCCGAACGUGGACGUCGUAUACAUUGCUACGCCACACUCCCACCACUAUCAGAAUGCCAUGCUAGCUCUCGAGGCUGGCAAACACGUGCUAUGCGAGAAGGCUUUCACGGUCAACGUGGCCCAAGCUAAGAUUCUAUGUGAAACAGCUCGCAAAAAGAAUCUUUUCCUGAUGGAAGCUGUCUGGACUCGCUACUUCCCGCUGAGUAUUCAAGUGCGCCAGCUGAUCCAGCAGGGAGCCAUCGGUGAGGUAUACCGGGUUAUCGCCGACACAAGCUUUAGCGAUGAUCCCGAGAAUAAAUGGAGUUCCGAGAAUCGUAUGGUGAACCUUGAUUUGGCGGGUGGUGUGCUCUUGGAUUUGGGUAUUUACUCUCUCACCUGGGUCUUCCAGGCCCUUUACCACACUCUCCCUCGAGACCAGAGGAAGGCACCCUCUGUCACAUCACAGGUCAUACCCUAUCACCUGACAGGCUCGGACGAAUCGACCACUGUUCUGCUCAAUUUCCCUACUUCUACGCCAAGCAAUGGCCCCCAUGUCAAGCACUCGCAGGGCGUAGCCAUGACAAGUAUGCGUGUUGCCAAUGAUCCGGAUGAGAAGGGUACGUCCGGUCCCCCAAUUCGUAUUCAGGGUGACAAGGGUGAGAUUCAAGUAUGCGGGCUUCCCUUCCAGCCUACACGGUAUCGUGUGGUCCCGAAGAAAGGUCUCGGUGAGGUCCGUGAGGUCGAAUUCUCAUUCCCGGCCCAGGGUCGUGGCAUGUACUGGGAGGCCGAUGAGGUUGCUCGCUGCUUGAGAGAUGGUAAGCUGGAGAGUGAGGGUAUGCCUUGGGAGGAGAGCCUGGUUAUCAUGGAGGUUAUGGACGAAGUGCGCAGGCAGGGUGGGUUGAAGUAUCCCGAGUCCAUUGAAUCGACUAAGUACCCUCUGCAGCUGUGA